CACCAACACAUAUUCCCAUAUUACAUUCGACGGUAUAAUCAAUGGCUACGAAACCAGGCAUCCUCACCGAUUGGCCUUGGACAUCCCUUGGGAAUUUCAAGUACAUAGUAAUAACACCAUGGGCUGUCCAUAGCAUAUACAAGUUUGUGAGUGAUGAUCCGGUGGAUCUCGGAUACUCGCUCGUAUUACCCUUCUUGCUCUUCAGAAUUCUUCACAACCAGGUUUGGAUCUCUCUUUCCCGUUACUAUACAACCAAGGGAAAGAGGCGCAUCGUCGACAAAGGUAUCGACUUCAAUCAGGUCGACAGGGAGACCAAUUGGGAUGACCAAAUAUUGUUCAACGGAUUGUUGUUCUAUAUAGGGAUCUUGCUGCUGCCGCAGGCGAAGCAACUUCCCUUGUGGAGGACAGAUGGAGUGUUGAUGGCCGCGAUGCUUCACGCCGGGCCGGUGGAGUUCCUCUAUUAUUGGCUCCACAAAGCUCUUCACCACCACUUUCUUUACUCCCGCUACCAUUCCCACCACCACUCCUCUAUCGUCACUGAGCCCAUCACUUCGGUGAUACAUCCAUUUGCGGAGCAUAUAGCAUACUUCAUUCUUUUCGCCAUACCUUUGUUGACAACAUUGUUAACGAAAACAGCAUCCAUAGCGUCCUUCGCCGGAUAUGUAAUCUACAUAGACUUCAUGAACAACAUGGGACACUGCAACUUCGAGCUCGUCCCUAAGCGCCUUUUCCACCUCUUUCCUCCCCUCAAGUUCCUCUGCUACACUCCCUCAUUCCACUCGCUGCACCACACCCAAUUCCGGACCAACUACUCCCUCUUCAUGCCCUUGUAUGACUACAUCUACGGCACAAUGGAUGACACCACAGAUACAUUGUAUGAGAAAUCUCUAGAAAGAGGAGACGAUAGAGUGGACGUCGUGCACUUAACUCACCUGACUACGCCCGAGUCCAUAUACCAUUUGAGAAUUGGGUUGGCUUCAUUUGCGUCCUACCCCUUCUCCUAUAGAUGGUUCAUGCGCCUUUUGUGGCCUUUCACAUCUCUCUCCAUGCUCUUCACUCUCUUCUACGCUAGCCUCUUUGUCGCUGAGAGAAACUCUUUCCAGAAGCUCAACUUGCAGUCUUGGAUCAUACCCAGAUAUAAUCUGCAGUACUUGUUAAAAUGGAGGAAAGACGCGAUCAACAACAUGAUUGAGCAAGCGAUACUGGAGGCAAAUAAAAAAGGAGUGAAGGUGCUUAGCCUGGGUCUCAUGAACCAAGGGGAGGAGUUAAACAUGAAUGGAGAGGUGUAUGUUCACAAGCAUCCAGAAAUGAAAGUCAGAGUGGUGGACGGCAGUAGAUUAACAGCAGCCGUUGUGAUCAAUAGUCUACCCAAAUCAACGACAAAAAUAGUGAUGACAGGCAAUCUUACAAAGGUGGCAUACACCAUCGCUUCUGCUCUUUGCCAGAGAGGUGUUCAGGUCUCGACUCUAUUAUCAGAAGAGUAUGAGAAACUAAGAUCAUUUGUUCCACAAGAAUGCAGAGACCGUUUGGUCCUUCUAACCUCUGAAGCACUCGCAUCAAACAAGGUAUGGUUGAUGGGAGAAGGAACAACAAGAGAGGAGCAGGAGAAUGCCACAAAAGGAACAUUAUUUAUCCCAUUCUCACAGUUCCCCCUCAAGCAGUUGCGUAGAGAUUGUAUCUAUCAUACACCACCGGCUUUAAGAAUUCCAAAAUCUCUGGUGAAUAUCCACUCCUGUGAAAAUUGGUUACCGAGGAAGGCUAUGAGUGCAACUAGAGUGGCUGGCAUAUUGCACGCCUUAGAAGGAUGGGAAAUGCAUGAGUGCGGCACAUCCAUUCUUCUCUCAGAUUUGGACCAAGUAUGGGAAGCUUGUCUCAGCCACGGCUUCCAACCUCUGCUGCUCCCACAUCACUUCAAAUACCCCUAAUUCCCUACUUUCAGAUGAUGUAUACUGUUUUGUAAUUGAUCUUAUAUGAUUUACAAUAAGCCUCUAGACAAUGGAUCCAAAAUUUCACCUCUGUAUUCUUAGCUGAUGGUUUCACUCAAUCUAUGGCUGAUACAACUAUAUUUUUCAUGAAAACCUACCAUGUUAUUGCAAUGCAUCUGUUGUACGUUGCUGAAUAUCUGUUGUUAGUAAUAAUGCUUAUGGUUUUGC